UUAUUACUUGGCGGUGCAUUAUGUCGAAUAGAUUUUAAAGCUUAAUUUGGAGUAUAUUUAGUCCCAAAAGUAAUGUGUUCCGUUUAGGUUUAUAUUUACCAUCAUGUCUUCGGAACUUAAGUGUGCUGGAAUUCUGAGUCAACUUGCACAUUGCUCUCCCCAUUCCCAAGUAUGUUUCAGAGGUGAUUCUUAAUAAAUAUUUUGAAUAAUCGAUGCUGAAUCAGUGGGUCGAUGUGAUGAAGAUGAAAAGAGCUAUUCAUGAGGAGGUCAUCAAUAAAGUUCGUCAACAGCGCUCCAGUGUUGCUGCACCAAAGGAAGAUGAUAUUGAUCCCACACCUUCAAAAAGGAAGGAGAAACAAGGUUUGUCCUUGUUCACUCUUCCUUUUUGUGGAUCUGUCCCACUUUACCUCUUUCAGGAAUAUGUACUACUCGAUAAAUCAUCUGUCCAGACAUAGUGACACAAGAUGUAUUAUCAUCUUGGAAUAGGAAGAUGUGUAGCUAUGAGCCCUGUUGUAAUUUUAUUUUGAACAUAUUGCGCCCCAUUCAUCAAAUGGAAAGGACAGAGCACCUUUUAGAUGAAGAAAGAUAAAACGGUUUAUAUUCUCAAUACAUGACCUUAUUGAUAUUCUCAUAUUCUGGAUUC